AGUUGUUGUCAUUUCUUAUUGUUUACCAACAAACCAAAGUUGUUUUGCUUCCUCGGCGUCGAAUUUAAUUGGACCGGAGUUAAACGAAGUUUUAUAAAAUGGGUGACCGGUAUAACAUCCACAGCCAGCUCGAGCAUUUGCAGAGUAAAUACAUCGGAACCGGACAUGCUGACACCAACAAGUACGAGUGGCUCACCAAUCAGCAUCGGGAUUCGCUGGCCAGCUACCUGGGCCAUCACGAUAUGCUGAGUUACUUCGCCGUCGCCGAGAACGAGUCGAAGGCCCGGAUCCGGUUCAACAUUAUGGAAAAAAUGUUGCAACCCUGUGGACCACCUCCGGAGAAACCGGAUGAGUGAAUGUCAGAUUACAUUAAGAAACUUGAAAAAUUAUAAUAAACAAUAUUUCAAUUUA